CUACAAGAUGGCGCAGGCAAUAUUUGAAGUGCUUGAAGGGAUGGACAACCAGACAGUGUUGGCAGUCCAGUCUCUGCUGGAUGGUCAAGGCGGAGUUCCUGACCCGAACAACCAGAACGUCUCUGGGACGCCCACUAUCCAGUCUAUGGACGACGAGGACGUGUUCCUGUGUGGGAAGUGUAAAAAACAGUUCAAUUCUUUGCCAGCCUUCAUGACACACAAGAGGGAGCAGUGCCCGUCUAGCGCCCCCUCCCUGUCCACAGUGUCCUUGGCCUCCACCAAUGCCUAUACACCCGUCCCAUCAAUCAGCUCCGGACCACAGACGCCUGCCAACAGACAGGUAUCCACCUACAUCACAGUUCCUCCGUCCCCUCUGACUCACACUCUGGUCCAAGGCAACGUGCUGGUCAGUGAUGAUGUUCUCAUGUCGGCUAUCUCAGCUUUCACCUCCAUCGACCAGCCCAUGGCCACCAUGCAGACGCCUAUACAGAGUAACCUGAGCAUGCACACAGCCGGUGUAUCGUACCUUCAGCACCACCAUCACCACCACCACCACCACCAUCAACAUCAUCAACAGCCACAGCCUCAGUCCUCCCACCCCCUGCCCUCCAGCCAAACACCGGCCCACCCCCUGCCAACUGGCCAGCCUGCCCAGCAGCCGCUCUCUUCUCAAGUCCCAGCAAGCCAUAGCAACUCAGUGGUCCAGGUGUACAGCGCAUUGCCCCAUAUGGCUGGGGGUGGUGGUGGUGGUGGUGCAGAGAUCCACACCCUGGGUCUGCAGCCUUUCCAUCCUGUACAAGUUCCCAGUCAGUGUGUGGAGAGCCAGUCAUUCACUACCCCUCCUGUCUACAGUCCCGGGAAGCAGGGCACCAAAACAAAGACCUGCAGCAUCACCACCAACCUGACGGAGCUGGGAGAUUUUGAAAAGGUCAUCAUUCCAAAACGGCCAAGGAGUAACAAGAAGAGCCCCGAUGGAGCAACAGCAGAGCAGAUGAAAGGAAAAGGUCCAAAGCUGAAGUGUAAUUUCUGUGACAAAAUCUUCUCGAAAAACUUCGAUCUUCAGCAGCACAUUAGGAGCCACACAGGAGAGAAGCCCUUUCAGUGCAUCGUCUGUGGCCGAGCCUUUGCCCAAAAGUCCAACGUGAAGAAACACAUGCAGACACACAAGGUAUGGCCUAUGGGCGUGGCCAGCACAGUGUCAAGAUUACCAGUCACGGUAAAGGUGGUGCCAGUGUCAGCCAAUGAGGAGGAGGGUGGAGGGGAGCAGCAGCAGCAGCAUCAUCAUCAAGGUGAACAGGAGGAGGAAGGGCCUGAGCAGCAGACUGUUCAGACACAAGCAGAGGAAGAGGCAGCUCAGACGGAAGCUUCAGGGGAUUUGGAGGAGAGUGCGGCCGAGGCUCGGGCUGAUCCGGAGGGCAGCCAAGGGGAAGCCGUGCAGAACGGGCAUCCUCAGGCACAGAUGCAGGUGCAGGCCAGUCAGAGCCAACAGUGCCAAGCUCAUACCAAACAGAUCGUGGUGAUAGACAGCUCCUACCAGUGCCAGUUCUGCGCCAGCAAGUUCAAGACUUACUUCCAGCUCAAGUCCCACCUGACCCAGCACAAAGGGGAGCAGGUCUACAAGUGUGUGUUGAAGUCCUGCUCGCAGACUUUCCAGAAGUUGGAUCAGUUUUUGGAGCAUAUCAGGACGCACCAGGAGCAGCUGACCUACCGCUGCCACCUCUGCAGCAAGGUGUUCCCCUCGCUGUUCGAACUGGGAGUCCACCAGUACUCCCACUGCUUCUGCCCACAGCAGAACACGCGCAAGGAAACCACCGUCUACAGGUGUGUGAAGUGUCAAAGCAGAUAUUCUACCCAGGAGGCACUGGAACAACACCUGCUGACUGCCUCACACAACUUUCCCUGCCCACACUGUCAAAAGGUUUUCCCGUGUGAAAGGUACUUCAGACGCCACCUCCCCACUCAUGGCACAGGAGGGAGGUUCAAGUGUCAGAUCUGUAAGAAGGCCUUCAAGACAGAGCAUUACCUCAAACUCCACACACGUAUUCACUCAGGUGAAAAGCCGUACAAAUGCUCCCUCUGUGAGGCGACGUUCAACAGGAAGGACAAAGUGAAGCGACACAUGCUCAUCCAUGAGCCUUUCAAGAAAUACAAGUGUCCCUUCAGGACACAUGUGGGCUGCACCAAAGAAUUCAACAGACCAGACAAACUCAAAGCCCAUAUUCUGUCACACUCUGGUAUCAAACCCUACAAGUGUCUGUUUUGUCAGAAGGCGUUCAGCCGCAGAGCUCACAUGCUCGAGCAUCAGCAGUCCCACACAGAUAACUAUCGCUUCAGGUGCUCCUCCUGCAACAAGGGAUUCACCAGACAGAGCUAUUAUAGAGACCACAAAUGUCCUGCAGCGGGGAACGGGACAGGAACUGAAGGAGGAGUUGAAGAGGCAGAGGGAGACGAGGUCGUAGGAGUGCCGAUGGUGGAGGAGAAGGAAGGAGAGGAUGACGGGGGAAGAAGUAGGAUCACGAGAGAAGCAAAAAGGCCAGGGACAGAUGACGGAGAGGAGGACGAAUGCUUAAAGGGCAGCCAUGCACAGGGGGAAGGACACGAGGAGGAGGGGAUGGACGAGGAAGGAGAGCAGAGGACUGAUGAGAGCUGUCAGGCUGCGAUGUCUAUCACCACCAUUGAAGGGCAGACAGAAAGAGAAGACGAGGAGGAGGAGGACGAGGAGGACGACGAUGGCGACGACGGGGUGGAACAUGUCGGCGAGGCACUGGAGCAGAUUCAGAGCACUGACCAGAACUGUUUGCAGCAGCCAUGUUUGUAGGGUUAAACAUCAUCUUUGUGGGGAACAUUUCCUGGAUAUGGACCAACUAACAAACUGAGUCGUCCACGAACACUUUAAAAUAAAAACAGUCAGUAUCUGGGAAAUGAUUUUAUUAUUUGUUUUAAAUUAAAAUGCUAUUUAAAUUAUAUGCACACAUUUUACUUCUUUCACUGUAAAUGAAAAUGAUUUAUGGGAUAUGUUACCUGGUAGAUCUAUAUUGUUAAGAUAACCAGUGGAGAAGGACCAUUGUGUGGGAUUGAGGGGAUCUGUUAGGAGGAAUAUAACAUUAAUAAUUAUGUUUCACCAUGCUGCACCGCCAUGUUUCUACAGUAGCCCAGAAUGGACAAACCAGACACUGACUCUAGAGAGGGCCUUUCACUCUUUUAUACUACCUGAAGGCCACACCAGGUUCUCCUACACGCACAGGGGUGAGGGGAGGGGUAUUCAGUGGGUUACGAUCUACAACCUCACCACUAGAAGUCGCUAAAUCCUACACACUGGUCCUUUAAGCCAGAGAGGUCAAACACAAUGGCAACAUUUUCUUUUCUUUUAUGUGGCAAAAAGUAAAUUAUUAAAAGUCAUGUCU